AUGAUGUGGUUGGUACUUUCGAUAAUCAUCAUUAUCAUCAUAUCAAAAGAAAGCAAACAAACACUCAAAUUCAAUCAUCCCAUACCACACAAACAGACACACGCACAUUUCAAUUCAAGAUUUCACACUUGCACUUUGGAGCGCCAAAUUUAAAUAAAAAUAAAUAAAAAGGAAAACCGUAUCCUAUUAGCUAUUUAAAAAUAAUAAUAAAAUUAGGCGGAAGAAGAAGAAGAAGAAAGAGAGAGGAAUAUUGAUUGAUUGAUUUCAUAUGAUAUAGGCGGUCAACUAAAAAAGAAGCUCACCUUACUAUCUAUCUAUCUACUAUCUCAUAAUUUUGAUCUCAUUUUCUCACAGUGAAGCUAACACUAACAACAUUAACUCUGUUCUGUUCUGUUAUGUUAUGUUUUGUGUUGUGUCAGAUCUGCUGCUGUAACUGAAUGGAGAAGUGAAUGAAUCAAGCGCGCAAAAGAUGAGUGAUCCAAGAAGGCUCCACUUGAAGAAGGAACUCACUCAAAUUCGUAAGGCUUCUCGUGUCUUAAGGGAUCCCGGCACAACUUCUUCAUGGAAAUCCUCAAGAUCUACUACUCUCUUCAGGGAUCCCAACAACAACUCUUUCUCUGCUAAUAAUAAUAAUAAUAAUAAUAAUAUUAACAAUGAAAACAACAACAAGGUCUUCUUAUACAACUGGAAGAACAACUACAAUUCCUUCAACCAAGAAGAAGAAGAAGAAGAAGAAGAAGAAGAAGAUUCUUCUUCUUACUCCCUUCUUGCAAGUUUAGAAGACAACGGUUUCGAUUCCAAGAGUGACGCUGGGACCCGCCCUUCCUUUUUCCUUAAUCAUAAUAACAAGAAGAAGAAAAAGUGUAACAAAAACACAAACCCUCAUUUUGAUUUCUUAACAAACCACACUAAACUCUUAACCCCUAAUUCCAACAAAUUACUACACCGCCAUUCUCCGUUUACCAAGGAUGAUUCCGACUGUUAUUCUAACUCCGUUUCUGGCGCUUCUCCCAUUCUUCUUCGCAAACUCAAACAUACCAAUCAAUCUCGUUCUUCCUCCAACUUCAUUAGAACAAGCCCUAAAGAUGACUCUUCUUAUUCCUAUAGUACCCCUGCAUUGUCAACUAGUUCUUACAACAGAACUUACGCUCGUCGCCGCCGUCACUAUCCCAGCACAGUUGGAUCCUAUGACGGUACAACCACUUCCGUCAAUGACGGUGAUGACGAGAUUGAUGACCGUUUGGAUCUGCCUGGUCGUCAAGGAUGUGGAAUUCCUUGCUAUUGGUCUAAGAGGAGUUGUUGUUCUCCUUCUCUUUCUGAUACUUUAAGGAGGAAAGGUAGCAGCAUUCUCUGUGGAACUCAAUCUAUGUAUUCAAGACACAGGAGAUCUUGUUCAGCUUCACACAAGAGGAGAAUGCCUUUGAGGAGUGCUCGUGGAGGUGGAGGUGGAGGUGUUGUUCCUUUGCUCACUAGUACUAGUAGUGGUGAUGUUAGACAAGGUUCAUCUAUUGGAAUUGGUAGGAGUGAUUAUGAGGAUGAUGAUGUUUCUACUAACUUUGGAGAGCUUGAUCUUGAGGGAUUAAGUAAGUUGGAUGGAAGAAGGUGGUCAUCCAGUUGUAGGAGUCAAGAGGGAAUGGAGAUUGUGCUUAUCAAUGCGGAAGGGGAGGAGGAUGAAGAAGGAUCCUCCGAAAACGGUAGGAGUUUCAUUCACAAGUAUAAGCCUUUGUUCUUUGGUGAACUCAUUGGUCAGAAUAUUGUGGUUCACUCACUCAUCAAUGCUGUUUCCAGGGGCCGAAUCGCUCCUGUUUAUCUUUUUCAAGGACCGCGUGGGACUGGUAAAACAUCAACUGCCAGGAUAUUCGCUGCUGCCUUGAAUUGUGUGACUUCUGAUGAAAGUAAGCCUUGUGGAUACUGCAGGGAAUGUGCUGAUUUCGUUUCUGGUAAGAGCAGUGAUAUGAUGGAAGUUGAUGGAACUAAUAAGAAAGGAAUUGAUAAAGCUAGGUAUCUGCUGAAAAGAUUGUCAGUUGGGUCUUCUUCGGCAGCCUCUUCGCGAUAUACAGUUUUUGUUAUCGAUGAGUGUCACUUGUUACCCUCCAAGACAUGGCUGGGAUUUCUCAAGUUUCUCGAGGAACCACCUCAGCGAGUUGUAUUCAUAUUUAUAACAUCCGAUGUUGACAAUGUGCCACGAACAAUACAGUCUCGAUGCCAGAAGUACGUUUUCAAUAAAAUUAAAGAUGGGGACAUUGUGACCAGGUUAAGGAAAAUAUCUACUCAGGAGAACCUGGACGUGGAAACAGAUGCACUGGACCUUAUUGCCAUGAAUGCAGAUGGUUCACUUCGAGAUGCAGAGACAAUGUUAGAACAGCUAAGUUUGUUGGGGAAAAGAAUCACUAGUUCUCUUGUUAAUGAACUUGUGGGAGUUGUUUCGGAUGAAAAAUUGUUGGAACUUUUGGAAUUAGCAAUGUCUGCAGACACUGCAGAGACGGUGAAAAGAUCCAGAGAAUUGAUGGACUCUGGAGUUGAUCCAAUGGUUUUGAUGUCUCAACUAGCUGGUCUUAUUAUGGACAUCAUUGCCGGAUCGUAUACGGUCGUUGAUACCAAACCUGACGGUUCAUCCUUUGGAGGUCGAAAUUUGAAUGAAACAGAGUUGGAGAGAUUAAAGAAUGCUUUGAGGCUUCUCUCAGAGGCUGAGAAACAGUUAAGGACUUCCAGUGAACGCUCAACAUGGUUUACAGCAACUCUGUUACAGCUUGGUUCCGUACCUUCUUCAGAUCUUACUCAGUCAAGCAGCAGCAGGAGGCAGAGCUGCAAAACAACCGAAGAUGAUCCAUCAAGUACUUCAAGAGACAUUACUUCUUUCAAGCACAAGUCAGACCUCCAAUAUACGCCUCACAACUCAACAUCCCCUGCUUCCCACCAAAAAGCAGUAAACGGCAUUUCCGGCCUUCAAAUGGAUACGUCCAGCUUGAAAUCAAAGCCGUCAAAUAGCCCGGUUAUAAAUGAUGGCUCUACAGUGGUCUCAUCUGAUGAUCUUAUAGUUGGGAAUGCAAUGUUUAGAUGCAUAGAUUCAGGGAAGUUAUGUGACAUAUGGGCAUGUUGUAUUGAGAAAUGCCACUCUAAGACAUUAAGACAGCUGCUACACAAUCACGGAAAGCUUGUGUCCAUAUCUGAAGUUCAAGGUGUACUUGUAGCAUAUGUUGCGUUUGGGGAUGGAGAUAUUAAACUUAGGGUUGAAAGGUUUUUAAGAAGUAUUACAAACUCAUUGGAAAUUGUUCUUAGACGCAAUGUGGAGGUCAGAAUUAUCCUCUUGCCAGAGGAUGAAGGUGAAAAUCAGGUUAAUCUGCCGGGUUUAAAGCAAGCUGCAUCAACAGGGGCAAGUGAGGAGGAACAUAGGCUAGGUCAUGUGAAUGGAACCGAGUCUUUUUCAAGUUUACCUGUUUUAAUGAAUGGAGGUUCAUUAGAUAUUGUGGCGGAAGGAAAUGGCGUGAGGGAAAGGAGACGGGAUAAUCCAGUGCAGAGAAUUGAAUCCAUCAUUCGUGAGCAAAGAUUGGAAACCGCCUGGUUACAGGCUGUAGAAAAAGGUUCUCCUGGAUCAUUGAGUCGUUUGAGACCUGAGAAGAAUCAAGUCCUGCCUCAGGAUGGUGCUUAUUGUGUAAACCCAAUGGAGUCCAUGGAUUCAACAAGAUUUUCCUCUCAUCAGCAUAGGGAUGAUGACGCAAAUAGUGAUCUUAAAAUUUUGGCCCUUAAAAAUGGAAGGGACCCACUGAAGGAUCAGGUUGGUAAAAGGGCGGAGUGCUAUCCCAUGCCCCCGAGUUUAUUGCAUGACAGCAGUUUAGCAAUAAUAGCUGGAAAAGAUAACAUGGGUUAUGAAUCGGGUUCAGGAGCUAGAGGUUGUGGAUUUUUAUGUUGGAAUAAUAACAACUCCAAGACCAGAAGGGCAGUGAAGGUAAAAGGCACACCAGUUGGAGCGCGUAAAGCUAGGCGUUUUACAUUGUUUGGUGAGUGUGGUAAGAAGCCGAAGAAAAAGGAGUGUAAAAGAUAAGGUGGCAUUGGUUUGGAUAUUCUUUUUCCUUUUGUUUUUAGUAGAAAUUUUCCCUACUUUUUCUUUCUUUUAUUUGAUUGGGGCGAUUCUUCAAGGAUGCGAGAGUGAAAUGUGAAGGUUAUUAUCCAUGUAGUUCAGCAGCUUCUACUUCUGUUCUCCUUUUGCUUCAUCCUUUGUUUAUGGAAUUAAUAAAAAGGAACAGUCAAACCUUUUUUACUUUUCUAUAUUCAUAAUUUAGUUGCUUUAAUCAUU